AUCAACAACUGUUCGUGACGUGUACAUGUUCUGCCACUGUGAGUGGUGGAGUUGGUGACGCUGAAGCGAAAGGCAAUUUGGCGCCUUUGGGCUAGACGAGUCAGGCGGGAUUUUUGGAAGACUGAAACCAAACUACCAGUGUACCCAAUAUACGGAAUUAUUGCUUAUAUGUGUCUUUAAUUCGUCUUUAAUAUCUAGAAUUUACUUUGCAGUUACAUGUUAAAACUUCGUUGUAGUUUAGUUACGCGGUUUUGGGCAGCUUGCUAGCCGAUCAUUUUCCAACUAACGUUAGCCAUGCCAUCCAACAAUAGUCGGAUAUAGCUAGAUAGAUAGAUAUUAUUUUAAGAUAUUUAUUUCCCUAGACAGACAGUUAGUUAUCAAGCUAUCAACUUUGCCACACAAUGACAGUUCGCGUAGCUUAGAGGUUGUGUCUUCUUAGAGGGAUCAAGGAGAAGAGCUGGUCAGUGAAAUUAUGGCUGGUGUCGUUGCUAUGGCAUCUGUCAUUGAAGAUUUUGAAACUCAGCCAUGCAAGAGAUCAUGCAAAGAUGCCCAUGCUCCUCCUGUCAAGAKGAUCACAAACUACUUUUCCCCUGUGCCCAAGCCCAUGGAGAAACCAUUCUCCCCACCCAGGUCCAACAACAUCAUGGAUUACUUCAGCCGGAAGACCACACCAGUUAGAGAGAAAGGUAGUACCCCAGAGCAGACUAAGGAGAACCGCCUGGGGCCCCAGCCCUCUGAAUCACCAGCCAGCCUAGACAGCCCUGUGAGGCUGCCAGCCAAGCCCCCUCAGAAACAGGGCAGGAAGCCCAGCAAAGUUGCCCGGCAGUUACAGGAGACUGAUGCUGAUGCAGGUUCCACUGAGACRGAGGAGUGUGUGGUCUUAGAGGGGCCAGGAGACAGUGAGGGGUCAGAGGGCAACGUAGUGAGCAGCAGCUGUGGCUUCCUGGGUAGUGACACAGCUGCCCUGCUGGCCCAGUUCAGUGCUGAUGCUGGCAUGGCUGGAGACACCUGUGGUAAGAUUGACCCUGGCGCGGCAUGUCCUGAGAAGGCUCAAAAAGACAAUCAUCCCAAGAUGGACUCUAAAAAAAGGGCUCCUGCAAAGAAAAAGGAAAGUUGCGACGGUUCUCCUAAAAUUCCUAGAAAAGACAAGGUGACUGUCAGUAAGGCUAAAGCCAAGCAGCAGGAGGAUAAGGAAACGGGGRAGUAUGUGCCCGAGGUCCAGGAGGCUGAGCUCUCUUUGUGUGAUGCAAGCUUAGAGGUGAACGUGGGUGAGGCGUCUCAGUUGAACGGGAGCACCGUCACCAUCUCCUUUGAGGACUUCCUGCAGACUCGGGGCCAGGGAGAGGAGAAAGUGGGGGAGAAAAGCGGAGUCGACCCGGAGCCAGAAGACACGUUGGAUGUACCCAAAGCCAAUGAGCUUUGUCCCCUGCAGAUAUCUCCUCGAACCCUCACCAUCCAAGCUGAGGUGCACACCAUUUCCCCCGGCCACGAGCCAGUCCUGGUUGCAGAGAAAAAGAUGGCCUCCAUCUUCUCCAGGGAAAAAGAGGGGAGCCUAGCACCUGUAGUGGUGAAGUCCGCUUCCUCUYCUCGUCCCCAGUCUAGACCGGAGCUGCUGCAUGCCCCAAAAAGGAAGUCCAACGUGGUCCUGCAGGAGGAGGACCUGGAGCUCAGUGUCGUUGAGUCUGAAUCAUCCACUCCCAAGUGCAGCCAGACUGAGCGAAAGCAGUUCAUGAGUGCUUUCAAGCAGCCAGCCAAGCCCGGCAAGGGUCCUGGGAAGCAGCCUGUGGACAGUGCUUUCAAGCAGCCAGCCAAGCCCGGCAAGGGUCCUGGGAAGCAGCCUGUGGACAAGGCCUUGGGGGAGGCUGGGGAGGAGGCCGCUGAGGAGGAGAACCACUCUGCUGCCCCAACAGAGGAGCAGCCAGGUAAAAAUGCAGCUAAGAAGAAACCGCAGAGACGAGGGAGGAAGAAGGCCUUGGAGCAGGAGUCAGUUCCCUCACCUGKYGCACAAGAAGACCAUGUUCCCAUGGAGACUGACGCUGUGGAGACUGAUUCUAAACCCAAAGGGAAGUCCAACACUGAGGCUAAACCUGAAGCAGAACCCACCACCUCCACAUCAACAACAGUCAGGCGGUCCACCAGAGAAGCCCCUUGCAGGCAGACACCUGUUGUUGAUCCAGUAACCCCAGUGAGGAAAACAAAAAAAGAAAGGGUGAAAGAUGUUGCAGCAGUCACCGAGGACUGCCCGGUCCAGAUGUCCACCCKGAAGUCAGACAAGUCCAGACACAGGGUGUUCAGAGCACAGAUGGUCUGUCCACCAGACAAGACAGGAAGUCCCAUCAGGAUGAAAUUUACCAGAGURGUCUUCCAAAGCUCUGCAUCAAAGUCUGAGGGUGGAAGUGAUUUUGAAAUCCUGAGUCCCCUAGCUACUAAGGAAUCCAAUGCAUCKAAAAAGAGAAAAAAGGCAAAGAAGUUGGUGGAGAAAGCCCGGGAGAUACAGCAGAGUAAAAAGGCAGCAGCGGAUAAGGAGGGUCAGAGGUCUUUACGACGCUCCUCCCGGAGCCAGGUCUCGGUCAAGAAGAGCUACAGUGAAGACGAG